AUGGUGCUUAAAGGUGCUAAGUGGACGGAACAAAUAAUAAAUUGUGGUGUGUAUGGCUUUUUACCAUGGAAUCCAGAAAAAGACUUAGAAAUACUUCCACUGGGUCAUAAUAUGCUCCUGACUCUUUACAACUUAGCUUUAUGCUUGAAUUUCUACGAACAAAUACCAUUCCUCUGUCCAUAUUUGUGUGUUGGUCGAAGUAUCCGAGGUAGCGAAGGUGUUGUGGAAACAGUCCCAGGAAAUCCUUGUGAAGCUGUUUCAGAAAGAAGUGAUAACGUCUGUAUGCAAACAAGAAACUGGGUUGACACUUUAUACAGUUUCUUUCAAAAACUAGCUGAUCCUCAAGAUUGGAAGAAUCAUCCUAAAUCGGCUGUAUCUCUUGGAUGGAUUGAUAAAGAAGCUGGUUAUGCAUGCAAAUGUUCUAAAGGCUUUGAAUGGGUCCACACUAGAAUGGAGUGUGUGCCAAGACGAAUGGUAAAGGACAGAUGCGAUUCUGCUGACAGUGGCUGUGAUUCAAAAAAUACUCUUUAUUGUAUAACAGAGAGGUCGACCGGUGGACACAGGUGUAUCUGCAAAGACGGAUAUACAGGUACAACAUGUAAAAGUGUAAUAGAUGCUUGUCAGAUGAAAAUCUUACGCUAUAGCUACGUGGAUCCAGUCACUGCGAAAAGAAAAGUUAAAAUAACUAGUGGUAAUGAAAUGUGUAAUGUGAAUAUGAGUGGAAGUCAGAUAUCUGGAAAUGAAAGCUCAUUGUGUAUACCAGUAGAAGGAACAAAUCAAUAUCGAUGUGAAUGUAAAGGGAGCUUUGUAGAAGAUACUCAUAUUAACUUACCAAACUGCAUGAAAAUUAUUGGAGCUUGUGACAGAAAAUUAUGUGUUCAUGGCAGUUGUGUUACUGCAGAGCAUUCACGUGAUGUUGCGGUUUGUGUAUGCAAUCCAGGUUAUGAUGGACCAUCAUGUACUCAUAAGAUUGACCAUUGGAGUGUCUGGUCUGAAUGUUUACCAGUAUGUGGACAAAACCGGACGCGAAAAAGAAGACGCUUUGCUCACCUCGAAGAGGCGCGCUCAGAAUCGUCUGGAUAUUACAGUUCACCGGAAAUUUAUCAAACUUCAACCUAUAAAGAAAAGACACCAAACGUUAGAGAAAUUAUACAAGUUGAAGUCUGUCCACCACGUGUCAAAAGCCAGUGUCCACAAGUUCAAGCCUCACCUGAACACAAAGUUUUCAUCAAUCAUAUUGGUUUAUUGACAUUACAGUCAGCUUUAAAUAUGUCAAUUUUCAUUAUGAUCAUUUUUUUGGGUGUAGCGGCGUUUAUAGCCCGCAUAGUUCGUGGAAGAUUCUAAAACUAUUCUGUAACUAUUCUGCUGUAACUAUUUAGAUUUCCUUAUUUAUUGUGUUACGCAGUUUUUGAAGUUUUGCACUGAUUGUCUUCUGUUUUUCCCAAAUAUAAAAGUUCUCCGAAGGAAAUAGUGAAUGAACUCACCUAUAAUCUGAUUAUGUAUUAAUGAAAAAGUGUUUUUGGAAAAGUUU